AUGCCGAGUCUCUCAAACGAGAGUGAGGAAGGUGCGGUAUUGCGAACGGCCGAUGAAGAGGAAGCGAAAGAAAAGCGGUCAUGGAGAAAACUUGUUUCUGAAGGAAACGAAGACGUUGCCGUGUGUCGAAUCUGCCAUAGCGGAGAAUUCUCAAGUCCAACGAAAGGUGAACCUCUGAUCUCACCGUGCAACUGCCGCGGAACCGUUGGGGUCUGUCAUCGUACCUGCUUGGAGAAGUGGUUGUCUUCCUCGAACACGGACAAAUGCGAACUCUGCAAUUACCACUAUUCUACCGAACGAAGACCCAAGCCUUUAUUACAGCCUUUUGACAAUAGAGCAGCGAUGAGUUUCUACAUGCAGAAGCUAGAAGGAAUUGUGCAGCGAUGGAACUGCGACGGCCAGAUCGUCUUGACCUUCCUGAUGCAUCCCGGCAGCCCUUCGGUUCGACGCAAUCUAAUAGCUGAUAUCGUUUGUUGGAUAGUGCUGACUCCGCUUGCGGUUGCGAGUACGUGGCUUUGCGUUUGUGGCGCGGUUCAUUACGCGCAGCUCGGCAUCAACAGCAUCGAAGUCCCCGGUCUCAUCUCCUUGGCAAUUUUCUUGCUUGUCACAUAUUCCGUCUGGCUGACGGUAAGUAUGAGUUGCAUUUCGCCGCAGCGAAUGGACUUUAGGGUCGGAUGUGAGAUUUGGUUUACAUAUACAUAUAGCCGGACAGUGGUUUUCGGCAAAUUUGCCCAGUGUUGUUCAAAAGAGCGACUCUUGUAUAUUGUUAUUACUAGCCUUGACGUAAGGAUGGAGGUCAGUGUCGAGAAAAUAUGA